UAUAAACUGUUCAGCUCUCACAGACCUCUCUCUCUCUUCUCUCUCUCAGACUCACAGACAUGGCUGCGCCGCUGCAGUACCUGGAGACGCUGCGCACCGCGCACCCGGAGCUCGGCGAGUGGUACGCCUCGCUGGCAGAUCUGUACCAGCGGAAGCUCUGGCACCAGCUCACCGCCAAGCUCGAGCAGUUCGUCGCCCUCACCGUCUUUCAGGCUGGUGAUGCUCUCAUACAGUUAUAUCACAAUUUCAUCACCGACUUUGAGACUAAAAUCAAUCUUCUCAAGCUUGCACAUUUUGCUGUCAUCGUUUCUAGGCAGUAUUCAGAGAAAGAAGCUGCCAUUAGUUAUCUUGAAGGGGUGAUUGAGAAGCUUCGAGCUACUAGAGAGCAGCGUAUUGAAGAGCCAGUCCUCUACAUCAAGAUGCAAAUAGCCAUAUUUAAACUUGAGCAAGGGGACCAAAAAGAGUGCAAGAAGCUUCUAGAAGAUGGAAAGAGUACCCUUGACAGCAUGACCGACAUUGAUCCAUCAGUGUAUGCUAACUAUUACUGGGUCUCAUCUCAGUUCCAUAAAUUUCGUCAAGAAUUUGCUGAGUUCUAUAAAAGUGCUCUUCUUUAUCUGGCGUAUACGUCCGUGGAGUCUCUCUCAGAAUCAUUUAAGCUGGAUCUGGCGUUUGAUUUGUCCCUUUCUGCACUACUGGGAGAUAACAUUUAUCCACCGGUGAAGCCCUACCAGAUCCGUGUGGAGGGUGCGCUUUACACUGGUCCGAAGGAUAAAGUUGAUGUAGAUAUAAAUGAUUUGGAUCACGAGAAGGAAGCACUGGAAAUGGAGACCAAUGAGGCUCCUGUGGAAGUUGGUGCACCAGGGACUCUUGUGGGAGACUUGGACCAGAACAACCAGGCAACUGCUCCUCAUCUUGUCAAUGAUUUAGGGUUAGAAAGAGAAUUUGGUAAUAGCUGUCAUGUCUUUGAUGAAAACUGGGAUGCCUCACCUCCUAAUCAUGCUCAAGAUAGCCCUUCAGAAACCUUUGAUGUCCAUCAAAAGGCAGUCAAAGAAAUGGGUCUUCUGAAAGUGCCGAAAGCUUGCCCUCCCUAUUCAAAGCAGCUCACUGGCUAA